UUCCUGGACAACUCUUCUGGUUUGAUGACGUAAAAUCUUAUGAUGAUCAUCGAUCCAUUUGUAUCGAAUUUUUCCGAGAGGUAAACAUAAUUUAUCACAGAAAUGCUCUGAGGCAACAAAACGAUCAGCUUAUAGACACUUGAAUCGAUUGGUUGAGGUGGACGUUAAGAAACGUCAGCAUUUCAUUAUUUAGCUCCAUGCACCUACAUGUAGGUUGAAGCAUCUGUAGUUGUGGGGAAAUUGGGCAUUUUGCAUCAUAAAAUUGACUAGUGGAUGUGUUAAACUUGUGAUUUGGAUCAGUUGUAUAGGUUGAGUGAAAUCUUGCACCAUGGGGUCGUUGUUUAGGAGUGAGGAGAUGACACUGUGUCAGCUGUUCCUGCAGUCUGAGGCUGCCUACGCCUGUGUGUCAGAGCUAGGGGAACUGGGGCUGGUGCAGUUCAGAGAUUUGAAUCCUGAUGUAAAUGCUUUCCAAAGAAAGUUUGUGAAUGAGGUUCGGCGAUGUGAUGAAAUGGAGAGAAAACUGCGUUUCUUGGAGAAGGAAAUCAAGAAAGAUGGAAUCCCAAUGCUGGAUACAGGGGAUAAUCCGGAUGCUCCAGUUCCCAGGGAAAUGAUUGAUCUAGAGGCCACCUUUGAGAAACUGGAGAAUGAGAUGAAGGAGGUCAAUGGAAACACGGAGGCACUGAAGCGGAACUACCUCGAACUCACUGAACUGAAACACAUUCUGAGGAAGACACAGACCUUCUUUGAAGAGGCUGAAAUUCAUCAUGUUCAGGCCAUGCAUGACCCAAGCCUGACAGAGGAGAACUUUGGACUCCUGGGGGAGGAACAAUCUCACCGGGCGGGCCAGGCCCUCAGACUAGGGUUUGUAGCAGGGGUGAUUGUUCGCGAGAAGAUCCCGGCCUUUGAGAGGAUGUUGUGGAGAGUGUGUAGAGGGAACGUGUUCCUCCGACAGGCCGAGAUUGACACCCCGCUGGAGGAUCCAGUCACGGGAGAUCAAGUUAACAAAUCUGUAUUCAUCAUCUUUUUCCAAGGGGAACAACUCAAGUCUAGGGUCAAAAAGAUUUGUGAGGGAUUUAGGGCCACCCUGUAUCCCUGUCCGGAGACCCCAGCUGAGAGACGAGAAAUGGCCAUAGGGGUCAUGACCAGAAUCGAGGAUUUAAAUACUGUUCUGGGUCAAACUCAGGAUCACAGGCACCGGGUUCUGGUGGCAGCGGCCCGUAACAUAAAGAUUUGGUUCAUCAAAGUGAGGAAGAUCAAGGCCAUUUACUACACCCUCAACAUGCUGAACCUAGACGUGACCCAGAAAUGUCUGAUCGCCGAGUGCUGGUGUCCAGUGCAGGACCUUGACAGAAUUCAGCAGGCACUGAGGAGGGGCACGGAGAGAAGUGGGAGCUCCGUUCCUUCUAUCCUAAAUCGCAUGAAAACAAAGGAAGUUCCACCCACUUACAACCGGAACAACAAGUUCACGCAGGGGUUCCAGAACAUCAUUGAUGCCUACGGCAUCUCUACAUAUCAAGAGGUCAACCCAGCUCCAUGGGCCAUUAUUUCCUUUCCCUUCUUGUUUGCUGUGAUGUUUGGAGAUUUUGGCCAUGGCUUCAUAAUGUUUCUAGUUGGUCUAUAUCUUGUUACAAGAGAGAAACAGCUACAGGCUCAAAAAAUAAACAAUGAGAUUUUUGACAUGUUCUUUGGUGGCCGAUACAUCAUCCUGUUGAUGGGCUUUUUCUCCAUGUACACUGGUCUGAUCUACAACGACAUCUUCUCCAAGUCAGUCAAGCUGUUCGACUCCUCCUGGGACCCACACGAUCCCAAAACUAACUUACGGUAUACGGCAGGCACACUGAAUGGAUCCGUCUCUCUGACACUGGACCCCAAUGUCUCCUUCAUCAAGGGGGGACCUUAUCCAUUCGGGCUAGACCCUGUGUGGGCGUUAUCCUCCAACAAGAUCACAGCUCUCAAUUCCUUCAAGAUGAAGCUUUCUGUCAUCUUUGGAGUCAGCCAGAUGGCGCUGGGUGUCAUGUUGAGCAUUGUAAAUCAUAGAUUCUUUAACAGAAAGCUGGACAUUUACUGCGGGUUCAUUCCUCAGGUGAUCUUCUUAAUCUCCAUAUUUGGUUACCUUGUGUGUGAGAUUUUCAUCAAAUGGAUUAUUUUCACAGUCAAAGAUGCUCCUACAGCCCCUAACUUACUCAUAGGUCUCAUUCAAAUGUUCCUUUUCCAAACGGAAGAAAAGAAUAUUUGGUAUAGUGGCCAGAGAGGUUUCCAGGCGUUCCUGGUGGUACUAGCGGGUAUCUGUGUCCCCUGGAUGUGGCUGAUUAAGCCUCUGUAUCAGCGGCACCAACAAAAACACGGCCAGUAUAAGUACCAGCAAGUACCGACCGGUAACCUCCUGGAUGACAGUGAGGGUGAGGAGGUCGUCUACCACAGUGAUUCCGAGAGGUCACACUAUGACCCCGAGCCAGAGUUUAAACACCAGCCGCUCUCGGUAAAUAGCGGGGACAUAAUCGGUCAAGAUUACCAAGGUGAAGGCCAGAUAGACGUGACCGUUGAGGAGGAGUUUGACUUUGGCGAGGCGUUCACCCAUCAGUCCAUUCACACUAUAGAGUACUGUCUGGGCUGUGUCUCACACACUGCCUCAUACCUGCGGUUGUGGGCCCUCAGUCUGGCACAUGCUCAACUGUCGGAAGUCCUGUGGAACAUGGUGAUGCGGAUAGCUCUACAGAUCGAUGGCUAUGGAGGAGCGUUUCUCCUGGCAGCCGUCUUUUCUUUCUGGGCGUGUGCAACAGUGGUUGUUCUGAUCCUGAUGGAGGGGCUGUCCGCCUUCCUCCACACCCUGCGUCUCCACUGGGUGGAGUUUAAUUCCAAGUUCUAUGAUGGACAGGGCUACAAGUUCCACCCCUUUUCCUUUGAUGACUUGUCCGAGUACAGCAUUGAGGACUAAGCUCUCCGUACACUUGGUGACCGUCCUGUGUGUUCACUGUUAACACUCUCCACAACAGGACUAAUACAGCUCCAUCAACAGAUGAAGAGAGGGUUAACUCCCUUUUCUGGUCUGUUUUGUGGAGUUGGCCAUCCUGUCAGUAGCUUUUAGAUUAUUUUGUGUUUGUGUUUUAUUUAUUGUGAUAAAAGAGAAAUUUUAUGGCAUAAUACACAUUAUCUUAAACUCAUUGCUUUAUAUUCGGUGAUUUUCUUUUGAAAUCCAGAGGUGCAUACAUUGUAAUAUAUCUUUUUGAAUCAGUUCAAUAGACAUUGAGAAAAUAUAUUUAAACUGAUGAAAUUUAGAUUAAAAUGUAUGGGUUAGGGGAUAAUUUUGCUCUUCAGUAAGGUUUUGUGUCAUUUCAAAGUAUCUCUAUUAAUGUGACUUUAUAUGAAAUCUGAUUUAAUCUGAGCAAUGUCUGCUAGAGCCGUUUAUCGGGAGAUUGUGUGAUGGAGGGAUAAAUCCCCCGGCAGCUGUUCCCAUCCUGCUGUUUCCUAUCCCGUCAAUCUUCUGUUAUUGUUAGAUUAUGUUUUGACUUUAUCACCUAUCCUGGUUUUUUGGGGGGGAAGUUCCUUCCAGGAGAGAACAGUUGUGUAUGUUUUACUGUGGCAGUUGAGAUUAGAUAUACAUACAGGUAUUUUUCUCUGAAUGGGAUAAAUUAAUGUAUUUAUGCCUUUUUUUUUUCAAAAACAUUUUACUUCAGAGUCUGUGUAAAUUGUUGUUAAUGUCUUAAUAAAACGGAUAAAAAUGUCAAA